AUUUUCCUAAUUCAAUCCAAGCACACUUAUUCCAUUGUAGAUACCUAAAUUGAAUCACGCUAUUCACUGAAGAUUAACAUGUCUAUAUCUCCUAACACUCCAGUCACUGAACGCAUGAUCAUCCCUGUCAGGGGAACCAAGGAAGAUUGGAAGGAGCCCCUCAAAGCCUAUCUUCUUGCCUUGAAGCAGCAGAAUGGUUACCUCCGUAGUCGCUGGGGACCUUGGUCUGAGAACGAGCAGAACCUUGAUCUACUCUCUGGCUGGAAAUCAAAGGAGGCUCGCGACCAAUUCUUCGCUUCUGACGUGUUCGCAAAGAGGAUGGAAGAGUUCAAAAAGGUUACGACGGGCCCCAUCAAGUCACACUUCAUCAAGUUCGUUCCUUACGCGCCCAGAGCAGCGAUUAAUUCUCCCAUCACCGAGUGCAUCACCAUUAGCAGCCCAUCUAUGACUGAGGACGAGAUGAGGGCAUGUCUUGACAAUGCGCGAACGAUGGACGGGCUCCACGACCUUGCUAGUGGUUUCGCCGUUGGCGACGAUGUUGGUGAUAGCAAGGUAUUCGUUGUAGCGUUGGGCUGGGAGAGUCUCGAGCAGAGCAGAGCGGCCGACAAGUCAGCCUACAUUCCCGCUACUGGCAAAUCUGUAGAAUGCCAUCAUGUCAAUUUUCAUUUCCCAAUCAAGGGGUUCUCUCCUACCAACACUCACUAG